GAACUGGUGUGCUUAUGUGGUGACACGUACGGUUAGCUGUGUGAUGGAGGAUGGAGUGGAGACAUACAUCAAACCAGACUAUCAGCGCUGUACCUGGGGCCAGUGUCCUCGAGUGGCUUACCGGACAUACAGGAGACCAAGGUACAAGGUGGCCUACAAGAUGGUGACAGAAAUGGAGUGGAAGUGCUGCCAUGGUUACUCAGGGGAAGACUGCCACCAGGGGCCACAGGGGACCCCUGACACACGGGGCAAUGGGGGACAAAUUCAGACCACACUGACUGGUUUCAACACAGGAGGAGGACAGCGGGAAGGAGACACGGACCGAAUCCGGCAGCUCGAGGACACCGUCCGCGGUCUAACCAACAACCUCCGCAACAUGCAGACCACCCUAAACGGCAUAAACCAAAGGCUGCAUGUCUUGACCGGAGCCUCUAUUGCUGCAGAUUCAGCUCAGCCACACAUGAAGGACACCAUCAACAGUAUCCAAACAAAACUGGAUCAACUCUAUAACAGAACACAGGUCCACGAUCAGACCCUGGUUAAUAUCAACAAGCACUUGGUGAACGGAGGAGGCAAUGAAGUGGACAGAACGUCUGGUGGAGGAGGAGGUGGAGGAGGAGGUGGAGGAGGGGGGAACCAGCUGAACACACUAAAGGAAGAGAUACUGACAGAGCUGGAGAGAAGGGUCUCUUUGUCCUGCUCUGCCUGCCAGGUUGGUGUAGACGAUCUAAGACGGCAGCAGGCAGAGGACAGAGACCGUAUCAGUGCUCUGGAGAAGCUGAUCGGUUCUAUGAAUCAGCAGUUCACUCAGAACGUGGAAAUCUUUCGCAGUGAAAUGGAGCGCUCCCAAGCCUGCUGCCGCUCAGUCACCGAGCUGGAAAAGAGGCUGUCGGAMUUUGACUUUCGACUCACAUCUACCUCAGACAAGUGUGACACCGUAAAAGGGCRACUGGACAAGGAGCUAGCUGGAACAGGUGGAGGGAAGGGAUGGGUYGCUGAGGAGCGGUUCAAUAGCAGGCUGAGAGAAGUAGAAAAAAGGUUAAAUAACACAGUGAGGAAGACAGAACAGAGGUGUACUAACACUGCAAACAGCGUGAAAGACACCAUCCAAAGAGACUUCACCCAGCUGCGCAACAUGGUUGUUAGUCAGCUGGAUGACCACAACUUCAAGAUUGGGAAAAUAGAGCUGGAAGUGUCCGUUCUAGGAGACACAGUGACAGACCAUAGCAGACGUUUGGGCCACUUGGAGAACAUCACAUCCUUCCUCGACAGGAGGCUAACAUCAACCACAGACAUGUGCAAUGUGACCUGUGGCCGCAACGGAAACAGCCAAACAAYUGAUGACUCUGUGAAAACUUUACAGUGGAGGGUUGUGUCCAACCAGGAUGAGAUUAAGAGAUUUAACAGCACUCUGAACCGUUUGUCUGAGACAGGAGACUCGCUGAUUAACAAAGUGAUUGACUUAAACAACAGUGUCAAAAAGAUUACAGCUGUGACAGGGGAAAAUGGGGAGCACUUCACUCGGAUUAUCACAGAGGUUGAGAUGUUGGGUCGGGACUUUGAGGACUGCUCUGUUUGCCACAGAGUAGAGCAGGAUUUCCGCUUGUUUUCUAACUCCACCACACACAGUCUCAACAAAUGCCAGACAGGCCUCACAGAUCUGCAACAAAAGAUUGGGUCAGGUGAAUCUGCCUGCUCGCAGAUCUGCUCCAACCUUCAGGAGGAAGUGGGACGACUUCAUGAGGAGGUGGAACAAUGUACAGGACAGUGCAAGAUCGACAUCAACGAUGUGAAGAAACGUUUGGAUGGUCAUACUUUCCACAGUGGAAAACUAGGAGGUGAUCUGAAGUCCAUGCAAGGAGAACUGUCUGAGGUUCUGGUCAACUUUAACUCUGUUAAUAAUAUGGUGAAAAAUCUGGAAAGGAUCUUGCAGACACAUGGGAACACAUUAACAGAUCUAUCCAACAGCAAUGAAAACACCAACUCCGUGGUGAUCGACUUGCAGAAUGAGCUGACUGAGCACAUUGAAGACACAAAGACUCGGGUUGAAAAUCUGAACAAAGAGAUUCACAUAAACAGGAACAACUAUGUGACAGAGGUGCAGGAGUGCCGGCGCUCCAACGAUGGCCUGGACCAGAGACUUUCCAAGCUGGAGGGGGUCUGUGUCCGCUUGGAUUCGUUUUCAGACAGUCUGGGGAGGAUCAAAGAAGGCCUGAACAGACAUGUGUCGGGCCUGUGGAGUUGCGUCAACGAACUCAAUACCACAGUGACGUCUCACGGAGCUCUCAUCAACGACAUCCAGACCAUCAAGCUGGAGAACAUCCACUCACGGAUACAUAAACUAAACUCCUCAGUGCUGGACUUGGGAAGACAGUUCCAUAUUUUCAGGAAUCAGGACUUUACUGGUCCACCAGGGCCUCGAGGAGAGAAAGGYGAGCCUGGACCCAAGGGUCCUGUUGGGCCACAAGGGAGGAUUGGACCUCCAGGCAGAGAAGGCAAGCAGGGAGAAGUGGGGCCCCCAGGUCUUAGAGGUGAACAGGGUCUCCGAGGAUCUGAUGCCCAUGUGCCUCGUUUUUCCUUCUCUGCUGCUCUGACUAGGCCAAUGAAAAAGCCUGAAACCAUUAAGUUCAACAAAAUCUUUGUGAAUGAAAAUAAUAUCUACAAUCCUGAGACAG